UAGAAUCUGAUGACCGUAAAAAGGGAGCAAAACAAAAUCAAAGGUGAAUCAAUCGCUAUGUAGUAUGAUGUCACGAACUACUUUAUCUGAUACCCAUAUCGGACUUGAAAAUGGGUGGACCUGAGAUGCUGGAAUGGAUUGUUCAAUCAUUUGUCAUGCAUAAAAGGUCUCGCUUGCCAGAAUAUACUUCGCUACAGCUUAAGGAAAAGUUUGUUCAAGGCAGUCAUCCUUGUUUUGCACCAUUAAAGGAAAGAAGUGGAAUGCCAUCCGGAAUCAAUCUGAAAAGAUUAUCUCUGCAGAUAGAGAGAUACAAGAAAAUAGUGCUAGGAAACCUCUUGCACCAAUUGAAAACUUGUCAACUGGGAAUCAAUAUGCAAAUGAUAUUUGUAUUGAGGACACUAAAGAGACACAUGGAGAGGGUGCUAUAAUUCCUCCUACACCAAAUGAAAACUUGGUCUCUUCCAGCCAAGGUAAAUGGGAACAGUCAGUGCAAAAUUUUACCUGCUAAGAACCUUCUACCUGCCAAGAGGAGCAAGCCUGCUUCUUCAGCUGAUAUUCAGGGAGGGAAGUGCACUGUUGAGCAAACUAUGGCUGAGAAUGCUUGUUAUCCUUGUACUGAGGGCACCAAGAAACACAAACAGGAUGUAAUUUGUCUUGUUGAUAAAAUUGGUGAGCAUAUUGCUCAAGACAUUGAAAAAGAAGGGUACAUUUUUGAAAAGGAAUCAACAGCUGGGGACUUACUAGCAACCGAACCUCCAAUGGAUGAUAACAACAUGCAUACUGCUCUUAAAAACCUCAGAAAGAGCUGUGACAAUAGGCAUGCUGUGCAACUUCAUCAUAGUGACACCGAAGUCCCUCAUGGAACAAAUGCUAAGGAGGAUACCAACAGUUUUCAAAUUAUUUGUGUCAGUGCAGCCAGCGAAGAGACUGCUCAUGAUGUAUUAAGAAAUGAAAAUGGCUUUACGCAACAUUUAAUACAACUGGAUUCUCUUUCCAAUGAAGCUGAAGUAAAGUUGCAGCAUUAUCUUUCUCAGGAUUCAUCAAAUGGUGGACCCACUAAUGAAGUCAGAGAUAACAUUGAGCAUAAUCCUGAAGCAGAGUCCUGUAGUGAUAGUGAUGGUUAUCACGAAGAGAAGAUUGAAAUAGCUAAAAAGAAGAGUGCUUUCUUGAGCUCACAAUGCACAAAUAGUCCAGAUUCAUUUGCAACUGCUGACUCUAAAGAGCUAAAUCUUUGUGUGAAGUGUAAUAAAGAUGGCAAACUGUUGGUCUGUAGUUCUGAAACCUGUCCAAUAGUGGUCCAUGAUAGCUGUUUGGGCUCUGUUCCCAUCCUAGAUAAGGCAGGAGGAUUUUACUGCCCUUUUUGUGCAUAUUCUCAGGCAAUUUCUAAGUACCUGGAAGUUAAGAAGAAGGUGUCGCAUGCAAGGAAUGAUCUGAAGUCCUCUUUUGGCUUUGGAAUCAAACAAUCAUCUAAACACUUAUCCCCAAGAUCAGGCAAGUUGAGACAAAACCAACCACAGCAAGAUGAUGAAUCAUCUGAAAAUGAUGUCACAAUCAGCAACAGUUCUUUGAACAAGAUUGGUUUAGUUAUGUGAACUGACACUGGGCGACCUCCAGCAAGCUAGUCAGCCUCUUUAUUUUACAUCCCUAAUCAAGGCGAAAGAAGCUACAUUGUACAGAAGACGAGGAGGAAACAUUGAAGGUAAAAAAAUUCCUCUCUAAUAUCAUCUUUCAUUCAAAGGUUGAGAUUUGUAUUUUGUAUAGUGGCUAAGCUCUUCCUCAUCAACCAUUGGGGCAUGAAUUGUAGUGUUGGGAACCUUCCUGAAAACAGAGAUAAAGUUGGACAUCCCUUACCCUGGUACUUUAGUGCAAUGAAUUUAUGACGCAGGAGGGUGUGCAGAAAUAGUCAGCACUCACGAUCAAAGUAUUUCUUGGAAGAAUAUUUUGGAAUUUGGAGGCUAUUAUGUUUAC